AUGGCAACCUCUAUGCAGCAUCUCGGCCUCGCGCCCGAGACGCAGGCCUUUGUCCCGCUCGCGGAGCACCAGUCGCGCACCCCGGCCUCGUUCUACGACGGCCCUCCCGUACUGCACUAUCACAACACCGACUGCAAUAUCGUCAUUGAUAAGACCCAGCUGGAAGACACUCCCCUUCAGCGCGUUCUCGACCACCAGUCUCCUACCAACGACGAUAUUGCUACUAACGGCGGUUCUGCCGAUGACUUGGAUGAUGGUGACAACAACCUGGUUGUUUUGCAUGGUUUCGAAGUCUGGGUCGCUACUGACCAAGUUUACCUGUUCUCCCGCUCUGCCUCCACAGGUGUUACGAUUCCCUACCCCGCGAUCAUUGUCCAUGCCACCCGACGCAUGAGUUUUCCUGGUCGUCCUGAUGAACAGGUCCAAGGCCUGUACAUGCAGGUCGCAGGCGACGAGAUGGACGAAGAAGACGCCGACCAGGAAACCGUGACCAUGACGAUCGUGCCUUCUGACACGGAAAUGGACGAGGAGAAACCAGAACCUGAGAACCAACUCCUGUUUAAUGCCGUCACUGCCUGCUCGAACCUGUGCCCCGACCCCGAAGGCAAUGACGACGAUGACGAUGACGACAUCGGCAACGGGGCUCCCAUCAACUUUGACGGAAUGAUCACCGCGGACAACAUGCACCAGCUCAUGGAUAGCAACGGCAACUUUGUUGGGUUCGGCGGUCCUUCCCCUGCUUUCCCUCUUCCUCUUGGUCCCGGGGCUGGCACCGUGCACGCUCGAGAGGAUGCCGAGGAGGAAGAUACCGAUGAGCAUGUCAAUGGCGCGUCAAAUGGUGAGGAUGAUGAAGUGAAGUGGCGCCGAACUGACUGA